UUUUUUUUUAUUUUUAGGUUGCUCUUUAAGUUUUUUUUUUAAUUUCAAAAUGUGAAAAAUUCUGUAAAGUUUUGUCUCUCUUGGUUUAGUGGGAUUUUGCUGGUUUUGCUGAGGUAAUGGGGGUUGGGGGUUCGACUCCCUUUCAGUCCCGCCUUGUUUUUUUUUAUUUUUUCAUUUUUAAGUUGCUCUUUAAGUUUUUUAAAUUUCAAAAUGUAAAAAAAUUCUGUAAAGUUUUGUCUCUCUUGGUUUAGUGGGAUUUUGUUAAUUUUGCUGAGGUAAUGAGGGUGGAGGUUCGACUCCCUUUUAGUCCCGCCUUGUUUUUCUUUUUUAUUUUUUCAUUUUUAAGUUGCUCUUUAAGUUUUUUUUAAUUUCAAAAUUGUAAAAAUUUUUUUAUUUCCUUUUUUUCUUUUUAUUUUGCCUAGCUUUUUAAUAUACAUUUGUAUUGAUUCUCCCAGCGCGGCGCACACAGCAGCUGACAGAAAAACAUACAAACAAAAUACAUUUACCCACUCUUUUAAGGUCACACAUCUGCCUUUUUUUAUUAUUUUUUAACGGCAUAAAUGCCAUUUUUUCUUGGAUUUUUCUUGGAUUUUCUGCGCAUUAUUCUUUUUAAAAAUUAUUUUCUUAACCCUCCUCCUGGCCUUGAAUUUCCCAUAUUUCUUGUCCUACCCCUCAUUUUUAUUUUAUUCUUCUGGACAGAUUUUUCUGAGGCACUUUUUUAGAAAUCCUUAGCAACCACUUUUUCCUACAUACAUAUGUUUGUUUUUUAUUUUUUUAUUUCCACGUUUUAAUUUUUUCCUACUUUACAAUUUUAAAAUGUUUGUUUGUAUUUCCAUAAAUUUUCAAUAUUUUUAUUUUUUAUCUCUAUCGAAUCGGGUGCACUUUUCUCUUCCCUUUAAUCACCCCAAUUCUCUUUCCUUUUAUUUUUAAUUUGACGAUCUUCUGGAUUUUUAAACUUUUUCUUUUUUUUUUGUUUUUUUUUCUUUUUGUCCUUUUUCUGUCCCGACAUGUCGUAAAUUAAUCUUAUUUUUAUUUUUACUUUUUUAAAAGCAAAAAAGACAUAUGGCAGAAUUUUUAUUUUUAAGUAAAAUGUAUGCUAAAAAUAGCCAAUCCAGAAUAAUUUUUUAGUUAAUAUUUUUGCAACCAUUUUUUAUCAGUUAAAAAAAAUUUUUUUUAAUUUUUAUGAAUUUUUUUUUCUAAAUUUUUAAACAUUUUUAAUAAAAUAAUUUUAUUUUAUUUUUAAUUAUUUUAGUAAAAUAUUUUUAUAUCUAUUUUUAUCAUUUUUAUAAUUCUAUUAUGUAGUAAUCUUCAAAAAAAAUUUUUUUCAAUUAAAAACAAAAUAUUUUUUUCCUUCUUUUUUUUAAUUUUCUCUUUUUUUUUAACCGGUAUUUAUUUAAUUUAUUAAUUUAAGAUAUACAUAAGAGGAUUUUCAGCAGCAACAUUGUGCGAGAAGAAUAUUUCCUUUCUCUUUUUUUAUAUGUAUUAUUACAACGUUCUAACCAUUUUUAAAAAAUGAGCAACAAUAAAAUUGGCAAUACUUUGGAGAAUUCGAAAGAGAAUACAACGACGACCGAAAUUAAGGAAGAAAAAAAGAUUGAGGAAAAGUCAGAGAUGCAGCAAAAUGAUUCGGAUGACAGCGAUGAAUUUUCUGAUGUUGUUGUGAUUGAGUCCCCAAGUUUUGUCGAAAGAUCCAACAAAAUUAAGCAUCAACAACAACAGCAAGUAGCCAAAAGGCAAACCGAGCAACCAACAACUGGUAAAGAGGAAAUAACUAAAGAAGAACAAGAGAAAAGUUCAAGUUCUUCGAACAAUUCAAGUCCACAAACUGAACGACAUAAACUUGAACAACAAAAUUUAACAAAAACUUCAACAGCUUCCACAAAUACAGCCCCAAUGGAUCCACCUCCACAAUAUACACAGAAACAAGCUUCGUGGUUCUCUUCGAGUACAUCUCCAGCUCCUGGAGGUUUUGCUUCAUUUUUUGGAGGCGCAGGAGGACAACAACAAGGAGAUCAACAGCAACAACCACCAACGUGUUCAGCUUCAGCAUUUCGCCUUCUUGGCGAACUUCGAGCGCGUCUUCAACCUUGGAGCGAUUUCUUCCGUCCUUCCAAAUUUGGAUUCCCACCAGGACUUGUCUCUAUCGGUCCAAGAGUUAAGCAUAAUUUGGAACAUUUUCUAAGCAAUUAUUUGUGCUUGUUUGUUGCUCUACUAAUUUAUUGUAUUUUGACAUCUUUAUUAAUGCUUUUGACAUUAGUGGCAUUGGCUGGGCUUUGCUACACAAUUUAUCAACGAACACAGAAAGGACCAAUAUUUUUUGGAAGCUAUGAGGUCCCACCAAGCCUUUUGUACACCUUUGCUUUGAUGGUUUGUAUUCCACUAUUUUACCUUGCAAAUGCUGGCUCUGUAAUGUAUUGGGUAAUUGGAACUGGAUUAUUUUUAAUGCUUGCACAUGCAAUAUUUUAUGCAUCUGAAGAAAUUCCUGGACAAGAAUUUGAAGUAGUUACUGUUGUGACUGCUUAAGGAAUAUUUUUUAAUUUCUAAGAGGUUUUUUUUUAAAUUAAUUUUUUAAUUUUUUCUACCAUUCCCUUUUAAAACAAAAAUCUUGUAAAUUAUUUUCUUCUAACUAUCUUUCAUCUAUUUCAUAUAUUUUUUUAAAUAUUGAUAUUUAUGUAUUAUUUUAAUUUUUAAUGUAAAAGCCUCUCUAAAAAUUUUUUUUCUUAUUUUUCUAUUCAUAUUUUCAGAAUAAUUUCAAAAUCAGAAUAAUUUUUAAAAAAUUCCAGAAUUUCUAAAUAAUAUUUCUGAUUUUUUCUGAUUUUCGAUAAAUUCUGAUUUUUUUCAAUUCUUAUAUUUUCCUUCUUUUCGCUCACUAUUUUUGUCUACCUACCUAUUUCUCUCUAUUUUUUUCAAAUAUUUUUGAUGAAGGAAAAUUUUUUUUCUAACUGUAAUUUUUCGAAAAUGCAUAAAGAAUAAAUUAUAUUUUUUAAAUUUUAAAUAAAUAUUGGAAAGUUUAAACUCCUUUAAUUUUUUUGUUAAAAAUUUUAGCAAAAUUAAAAAAAAGAUGACAAUUGAUCCCAAUUUAUUUUUAAAAUCUUUGUUGGUCUUUGGGCUUCUUUUUUCUUUGUUGUUCGAUAUGUGACGAUUAAAGACGAUUAAAAAGACGUUGAAUGAAGAAAGCUUUUUCUUGUGACGUUCACCUGACUUGAUAAUGAAAUCAAAAUGGGAGAGAGAAGA